GGGGUCGCUAAGGUAGGUAAUCGAGAAUGGCGGCGAGCGACACUCUUGUCGAUUGGAGCGAAGGAAGCGAAUUAUACAUAAUAACGGCUCAACAACAAAAUGCAAUCAAUAAAAAUGAUUUAAUUACGGUAAUAAAGUCAAUAUUAAGAAGCCAACAGGCUAUUCUUCAUCAUGAAGAAGAAUAUAGCAAUUUUUUUGCACCUUAUGUUGCACUUUGCGCUCAUUAUAUUAUUAAUAAUGCUUCUUACAUUUCAAAAAGUCAAAUCAUAAAUGCUGCAGAAGCUUGUAAAAUAUUAUUACAUUAUUUAUUAUAUAAAGUUCAAAAAUUUGAAGAACAAAGCUGUUUAUUGCAGAAACAAAUUAUGACUUUAAUACAAAGUUUAUGCAAAACUUCAUCUUCACUUCAACGAGUUGAUGUGAUUACUUUAAGUACCAUGUUAAAAUCAGCAAAAGUACCAGCAGUUUUUACUAUGAAGAGCUCUGAAUUAUUAGAAGGAAGAGAUGAUACAAAAGAAGCCAAAAGACCACGUUUAGAUUUAAGUUCUUCUAUUUUGGAACAACUAAUGAUGCCUGUAUUAGAUGCAUCUGGUAUUCAUAAACAAGAAGCUCCAAUAGAAACUACAAAUAAAGAUGGUGAUACAACUAUUGUACAUAUACCUGAUCCAGGAAUUGAAGUAAAGUCCCUUCUUAUUGCUAAGAACAUGGUUAGUCUUCAGCAGCUGGGUGGAGGAGAUAUUUUGUUAGAUAUGUGUUUGUCUUUACCUUCAAUGCAACAUUAUGUUACACAGUUACAUGAAGUAUUAUCUGGGAAAAAUCUUUCAAUUCCUACAACAGUAACUGAAGCAUUGGUUGUAAGUGGAGGGUAUAAAUCUGUAAAAAAUGAUAUUUCAAUUAUUUGGCAAGCACUUAGUCUUCCUGUACUAGAGCCAUUAAUAUCAGAAAGAUUGAAGAAAUUGAUGAACAUCACAUUAAGUUGUUUAUAUGCAUCAGUAACUGUUGCAGUAUCAUCAAGUAUUUUAAGUGUUGUUGGAAAUCCUCCUGCAAAAAAUGCAGCAGUUUAUAAAGAUGAUGAAAGUGAAAAUUAUGUUGGUAAAAUUGUUGAAACAAGUUUGGAAAUAUAUAAUGCUGUAGCUGCUGCUAUAAAGUCUUCAACAAGAGCAAGUGGACAUCCACUUCAAAAUCUACACAUGAUUGGAUCAUGGUUGUUGCUAAGUGGUUUACAAUAUACAAUUAACAUAAAUCCUGGAACUCUUAUAGAAAAAGGGAAAGAACAAUCUCGUGGAAAAGCAACACCUGACCAGACACCUGCAAAAGUUAAAGAUCAAACAGCAGCAAAACAGUCAGCAAUGAAAAUUCAGCAAGGUUUUGGAGUGCUUUCAGUGGCUCUGGCAAGCCAUGCUUUAUCAUUGAUAACAUCAUUAUUAGAAGACUUGAGAGUUGAAACUGGUUCUGCAUUAAUUAAUUCUCUUGUUGACUCACAGAUACAGCAUACAACUUUUAUAAUGACAGACAUAACUGCACAACAUACUGCUUGGCAUAGAGUACACAAGCUUACCAACUCUAUAAAUAUAACUAAUUUAUUGUUUAGCUUAGCUUCAGUUUGUUACAGAAAGGCUUGCAUGUUAAAGAGAAUACAAAAACAUCCAGUUGAUGGUGAUGUUCUUAGUACUUCUGAUUCUAAUACAUAUUAUGAAGAUGAUUUUAGUUCUUCUGAAGAUAGUAGUGAAGAAGAAGAUGAUGAUAGUGAACCAAUUCUUGGUCAUUGGUUUGAAGAAACUUUAGCUCCACCAGAAACAACUUCUAAUAUCCCUGCAUUACCAACAGUUUCUGAGAAUGUUCCUGCAUCAGGAAAAUCUACACAACAACAAGUAAUUGAUAAUGGGUCUCUUAUUCCAGAAAAGGGAGAACCAUAUGGAUACAUAAAUCUUUCAUCAAAAAUUUUUGCCUUCAUGAAUAAUUAUCUUGUGAAUUCAGACAACAAUUGCAUCAGAAAUUAUUUAAGAUGUAGUCUGGGAGAAUCCCAAAUGAUAGUUUUAGCUGGUAUAAUAAAAGACUUAGAUAAAGAAACUUCUCGAACUGAUACUGGUACAAUAAGUAUUUAUUUUGGACCAGUUGUUGGACAGUUGUAUGAUGAAUUUUCUCAGUCAUUGUCUCGGUUUGUUCACAAUGUUUUAGCAACUAAAAUGAUUCCAGAUACAUUACAAAAUAUGUUUUUGUCUCAGUUAAAUAUAAGUCCAUGGAAUCAGGAAACUUGGCCGUUACAAGUUUAUCCUCGUACUCUUUCUGUUCUUGCACAAAUAUUGAUGUUAAGACAACAGAGAGAGAAAGAUGAUUUGAGAAGUGAAAGUGAACAAACAUGUGUUUUAAUAUGGCAGAAAUUACUGUACACAAUAAAAAAAGCUAUAUUAUCAACAUCUCAAUUUACUGAAGAAGGAGAAGAUAUUAACGUUGAACAUGCUCAAUUAAUGCUUUUUCUUUUCCACAACAUUCAAUUGAUGCAAAAGAAACAUAUAUUAUUGCUGACAGCCCAAACAAUAAUUGAUGUUGCUGUAGUAGUUCAAAGUUGCAUGAAAGAUUUUCAAAUAUUGUAUUUAGCAAGAUUACUGUUGUUGUUUGAAUAUAUGAUGAAGAAUCUUUAUGAUGCUCCACCAUCCCUAAUUGAACAAAUUCAAAAAAAUUUAUUUACUAUUCAAAAUCUGAGCAUAUCUUCAGAAAAAGAUAAUACAAAAAGAAUGUGUAAAACUUAUUUCUCUUGUAAAGAUGUGGAAGAUAACUAUGUUAAAAAUCUGUCAAGUGAUGAACUUCAAAGUUCUACUGUAAAACCAAGAUUUUAUAAUCUCAUGUCUGUUGAAAUUAAUAAUCAAGAUUCCCCAAAGUUGGAUGGAUUUGCUUGCAGUUUUAUUCUUGGAACUGCUGAUGUUUUGGAGUAUAAAAAAUUGUACAGUUCCAUUAAUCUUAUUCUUAAUGUAGCAGCUCAAUGUGAUCUAUCUGGAAGAGAGUCAGAACAGUUAUCUUACCUGGGUAUAUGUGCUGUUCAAUAUUGUUUUAGUAUUUGCUGGAGACUUUUACUUACAUUACCACCCUCAAUUCAUUCUAUGGAACUGUUGGCAACUGGUAAUGCAAUGCUUGAUGCUUCACAAGCACUGCAUGCUUUAAUAUGGAUUACAAGAGCAGGUCAUAAAGUAUUUACAGGUUGGAUGAAGGAUGCAUUAGUAAAACAAGGACUGACAACUCAGAAAGCAGAAUAUCUCUUAAGAUCUAUCACACGUAAUGCAGGCAACGUAAAAUAUGAUGUAAAAGUUGCUAAACAAUUCAUCAGUAAACAGUUAUCUCAAGGACCAUCUUCAUCUAAAGAUUGUAUUCCUAAACAACAAUUACCACAUUUAAUAGAUGUAUUUGUAUUAGAAACUAUAAUAGCUAAAGUUCAAGCAUCAUUAGAUGAAUUUUUUUCAAAACCAUCAAAUGACAGUGGAAAUAAUGAAGCUAAAGAAUUAGCUCAAGAUAUGUUUCCCAUCAUUCUUCAACUUGUAGAAAUGUAUUCUGCAUGUAUAAGAUGGUCACUCCUUUAUCAGAUGGCUGAUAAUGUUGGGACUGUUGAUGAAGCUACAAUUCCCAAUUUGAAAACAUUACAAGCAUACGAUAUCAUAAUUAAAAUGGCAUCUAGUCGAUGCACAAAAUUAUCAACAUUUACUUUAGCUGUUGCUGGUCAUUUGCCAGCAGGACUUCGUAGUGCAUUAGACAAAUGGAAUUCUUUCAAUGUGACAACAAUAACUUGGGUAUANGCUACGAUUGAAAAUUCACAUAUAACAUCACUUUCUGCUCAAGCUGUUUUCACUACUAGUCCAAGUUUGAAGCGUUUACUUCAUGCAUUAGUUCGAUUUGCAGGCGAUCUUAUUGUUUGGUGUCCUGGAAAUUCAAAUUCUAAAGAAAUGAUACGUGUGUUGUUACCAUUAUUAGUUGAUGCCAGUACAGAAUCUCUCUUUGAUUUUACUACUUUAGCAUUAGAGCAUCUUGUUGGUUCACCUGAUAGUGAUGAUUUUUUAAUUCAUCUUUAUUUGGAAGUUUUGUCUUGUAGCUAUGAACUGUUGAUUGAUCAUUCAAGCAAAGAAAGUGAUGUUGAUGAGCGUAUAUUACACGAAUGUUUAAAAUUUAUGGAAAGUUUAUUGGAUAAAGCGCCUGGAAAAAAAGCUUUGGAAAAAUUCUUUGCAGAUAAUGAAGAUAAAGACAUGAUUAAUAUUUUGUUAUCAGCAGCAAAUGGCAGUCUUAGUCCUACAUAUGGCACCAGAGUUUUAAAAUUUUUUAGUAAAUUGUUUACAGAAGAAGGCAAUAGUGUUCAGGAAAACAGAUUAUUACUUCAGAGUUUAACUUCAUAUAUUGUAAAGGAAAACAGUGCUGUUCGUGAAGAAGUUGCUAAUGCUAUAUUAUCUGCUCUAAUACCAAUGGGAUCACAAAUUCUUUCACCUGCAUCUGAAGGAAUUGGAUUUUCCGAAUUAAUAGUUAUCAUGGCAACACUUGCUGGUGCUGGCUCAGGUGGAGGUCACGUUCAAUUAUUUAAAGCUGCAACUGAAUGGUUGGAAUUAUGUAAGAAAUACCUUGCUCAAAAGGAUGUUUUGGAAAAGCUCCAAGAAAAUAUUACUGGUGGAAGACAUCAAAUUAUGAUGGAAUCUUCAUGUUAUCUAUUAUCAUAUAUGGCAGAUCUUGUUGGUGCUCUCAGAUUUCAGUCAGAAAGAAGUUCUGUUUCCAGUCGCAAUGGAGCUGCUUCUCCACUCUGUGAUGGGGAAUUACAUCAUCCUGAAAUGGAAUCUGAUUGGGCAGAAGAAAUCGGCCCUGAUGAUGAAGAAAGUGCUGGAGAAGAUUCAGAUGAAGAUUCACUUUGUAAUAAGCUGUGUACAUUCACAAUUACUCAAAAAGAAUUCAUGAAUCAGCAUUGGUAUCAUUGCCAUACAUGCAAAAUGGUGGAUGGUGUAGGUGUGUGUACAAUUUGUGCUAAAGUUUGUCACAAGGAUCAUGAUGUUACAUAUGCAAAAUAUGGAUCUUUCUUUUGUGAUUGUGGAGCUAAAGAAGAUGGUAGCUGUCAGGCUUUGGUUAAGAGGAGUCCUCAAACAAGUAGUGAAACUGGAAAUACAGUUCAGCCAACUACUGCUUUUCCAUUUUCAUCAGAUACUAUUUUGCCUAGUUCUUUAAGACGUCGAACUUCUUCUCCUACUCCUGCUUCAAGUAAUAAUGCAACUACUUCUGGAGCUCAAACAGAUAACAAAAAGAGUUCAGAUGAUGCCUUGAAACACAAACAAACACUUGCAAAACAAUUAGAAGUAUUCAGAGAAUCAUUAAUCAGUCAUUUGACAUCAAGUAAUACAGCUGGCACUGUUUUGGAAUUAUUGCAAUAUUUAAUGCCUGCAGUUGUUGACUCAUGUCAAAGAAAUUCUCCUAUUGGAAGUUCAGUAAGAGCUCAAAAUGCAUUAAAUGAAUUACAUUCAAGAGAAAAGACCUGUGAACAAACUGAUCAGUUGAUGGUUCCAACAUUAGGUUCUCAAGAAGGAGCCUUUGAAAACGUACGUAUGAGUUACUCUGGUGAGCAAGGUCAGACUAUUAAACAACUUAUCAGUGCACAUAUGAUUCGACGUAUAGCAAUGUGUUGCUUGGCUUCUCCUCAAGGAAAACGACAACAUUUAGCAGUCAGUCAUGAAAAAGGAAAGAUCACAUUAUUACAAUUAUCUGCUUUAUUGAAGCAAGCAGAUUCUAGUAAAAGAAAACUAACAUUAACAAGAUUAGCUUCAGCACCUGUUCCUUUUAUGGUUCUUUCAAUUGUUGGAAAUCCAUGUAAUGAAGAUUUUUUGGCUGUUUGUGGAUUAAAGGAUUGCCAUAUAUUAACUUUUACUAGUUCAGGAUCAGUGUUGGAUCAUCUUGUUUUGCAUCCACAACUUGAAUCUGGAAAUUAUAUCAUAAAAGCUUUAUGGUUACCUGGUUCUCAAACAGAACUUGCUUUAGUUACUGCUGAAUUUGUGAAAAUAUAUAAUUUAUGCCAUGAUGCAUUAAGUCCUCAAUUUUUUUUCCUACUACCUAGUGGUAAAAUACGAGAUUGUUGUUUUGUAUUUUCUGAAGAUGGUCAACGUCACAUGAUGCUCAUGUCUUCUGCCGGACAUAUAUAUUAUCAGCCAAUGGUGGAAGAAAGUUCAGCCAAACAUGGACCUUUUUAUGUAACUAAUAUCUUGGAAGUAACUCAUUCUGAAUUAACUGAUUCAAAUGGAACAAUUGGUGGUGGAGGUGUGUCCAUUUAUUAUUCCCACACUUUACAAUUAUUAUUUUUUAGUUAUUCUCAAGGAAAAAGUUUUAUUUCUCCAUUCCCUCAAGUCGUAUCAGAAUUAACUAAUGUGUUCUAUGUGCAACUUAAAUCUUCUAAUGGAAGUGGAAGUAGUACAAAACCUACACCUCAACCACUUUGUCAAUGGUCAGAAGUUCCUCAUCAUCCUGGAUUAAUAUUAGCUCAGUUACAAACUUCUAAUAAUCCAGUAAUACUUAUGGUUAAACCCGAUGCAGUAUUAGUUCAGGAAAUUAAAUUUCUCACUGCUAAAUCAAAAAUUACUGAUAUGGUUGCAAUUCGUCAUUCAAUAUCAUGUGGAGAAAUGCGUACUACACUAAUAUUACUCUGUGAAGAUGGUAGUUUGAGAAUAUAUAUGGCUAAUCAGGAUCAAACUGGAUAUUGGUUGAUGCCUGCCUUUCAGCCUACUACCGUGCCUACUCAUUUAAAACCAUCUAAGAAAAAAAAAGCUACAAAAAGUGGUCGCCCCACAGGAGUAAUUUCUUUUCCAAUAGAUUUUUUCGAACAUUGUACUGCAAUGCCCGAUGUUGAAUUUGGAGGUAACGAUGUAUUACAAGUUUAUAAUGUGCAGCAAGCAAAACAUAGAUUAAACACAACAGGUCUUUACAUUGCAAGCACUAAACCUGCAGGCUUUCAAAUUGAAGUUUAUAAUUCUGAUUCAUCAAUGGUUAUGGUUGGUGCACGUAUUUUAAUUGGUAGUCAGGAUAUUCAAAGAUUUCCUUCAUACAUAGAAAUUUUUGGACGCACCAUACAAGCUUCUCUUACCCGUAACCGUUGGUAUGAUUUUCCAUUUACACGAGAGGAAUCAUUAACUGCUGAUAAAAAACUGACAAUAAUCUUUGGAGCUAGUUCUGAUCCUGCAGGUGUAACUAUGGUCGACUCAAUAAAAAUUUAUGGCAGAACUAAGGAAGCAUUUGGAUGGCCUGAAGAUAGUGAUGAUUUCACAACAGCAACUGGUUCAAAUGCUCAAGGAGGUUACUCAAUUGUCGGUAUGGAUGUAGAUGGUAUUCCUGCUGCUCCUUUACCUUUAACACCUCUUGAUAGAUUAGUAGGAAGUAGUAUGGAAUUAUUAGAUGGAUGCUUUUCUGUAAGAGCAUUGACAGAAGAGAAGGAUAAUUUAAAGACUGCAGCUCUUGAAAUGGCUACUCAAAUGUUGACCCUUCCUACGCCUCCUGCAGUACAUCAGCAUGUGAAAGCAUUACUUGCUGUUCUUCAUAAUAAUAGGACUGCAUAUAGUAACCAUAAAGAUCAAGCUCUUUUGAAUUAUGUAUUACAAUGUCUUAAUUGUGAAGGAAAACCUUCUGAAGAAAUGGAUGGUGAAGCCUUUUAUCGCUUGAUCUCAAUAGCUAGAGGUGUUGCUGUUUCUCGUCCAUCAAAUUUAGUCAGAUUUGCAGAAUCACAGGAUCAAACAUUAGUAGAUGAAACUAGUGAAGGAGAUCAAACAAUGGUUGAAAAUGGAAAUAUAGAUACAGGUGAUAUUUCAAACUUGCCCCCUGUCCAUGGUUCUAAUCCAGGACAUCAUCAGACACACAAUACAUCUCACCAUUCUCUUGGCAGUCCACAAAGAUCAGCUGGAUCAGAUGGAACAGGAAGUGGACAUUUCAUGAUUCAGUUAGCCGAUGCAUUUUGGCGUCUUCACGGAUUACAACCCAAAAACAUUGCAUUAGCCCCAGUCUCUCGCCAUGGUUUAGUUCAUGUGGAAGCAACAGUUCAUGCCCUCGUUGAAGUAUUCCAUGCCUUUACAGCUUGUGAUUUAGAAAAUGUAUCUUUGGCUGCAAAGCUGUAUGUCAAAUUAUUACUUUGUGAAGAUAUUAAUGCCAGCUUUGCUGCCAAGCAGGCCUUGAUUAGAGUUUUACGUCCACGUCUACGACGUAGAAAAGUAUAUAUUCCUUCACCACCUCAUUGUAGCACUCCUGGUGAAAGUCAUGAUGUUGAAAGCAGUGAUUCUAAGUUACUUUCUCAUCCUCAACCUCAAUCAGUACAUUCGCAUGUCUCAAAUUCUACACCAAUACAAGUACCAAUAUCAUCAGAUUCUCAACAUCAUGAUUCUACAAUGCAAGAAGAUGGAGAAUCUCAGUUUGAAAUGGUAGAAGGACUUGAACCAGUAGUUUUAUUACCUGCUGAAGGUGCUGCUGCAGCAGCAAAUUUAGAAGCAUUAAUAUCUGGACAGGCUGGAUUUCCACUUCUUGAUAUUCCUCCUGAUGCUGACGAUGAAACAAUGGUAGAACUUGCAAUUGCCCUAAGUCUACAGGAUCAACCAGAAAGAAGUGAUAGUUUGGGAUUGCAGGGUCUGUCACUAAGUUCACAGGGUUCACAGCAUGCAUCUUCACUUGAAGGUGGACAUUAUUCUGAUACAACAGCCUCUGCUGGAGCAAGUGAUGAUGAAGGAAGUACUGCUGCUACAGAUGGAUCAACACUUCGUACAUCUCCAGCAGAACAGGGUGGCAGUGCUGGUUCUGAAAGUGGCGGUAGUGGAGUUGAUUCUAUUAUGGGAGAGCAUAAUGUAAGUGGCAGAAGUAGUGCAUAUGGUGAUACAGUUCCAGAAAGUACUACUACCGGAGCUCGUUCAGAGACAAGUUCAGUUGGUGUUCCAAGCACAUCAUUACCACAAGAAGGAGAAGGUUUAGAGUUGGAAGCUGAUGUGGAUACUAGCUUUCGAUUGCACACUCUUCGUCUUAUCUUACUUGAGAAAUUGCUUCAGUAUUUGCCUGAAUUAAGAGAUGUAGGAGGAGUCCGAGCAAUUCCAUUUAUGCAGGUUAUAUUGAUGUUAAGUUCAGACCUUGUUGGUGAAGAAGAAAGAGAUAGAGCUGCUCUUGACAAUCUUCUUACUGCUAUAAUAACUGAAUUGGACAUUGGCAACAAAGACGUAUCAAAAAUUGCAGAACGUACGCCUAGCCGUGAAGUACAAUUAAUAAUCAUGCGUCUUUUAAGUAUUAUGAUGUCUAGAGUAAAAGGAGGCAUUAAAACAUCAAUUGGAGAAUCAUCUACAUUCUGUAGUUCAUCAACAGCUCUAGCUCUUUUAAACUGUAAUGCUAUUGAUUAUUGUCUCCAGAUAUUAAAAGUUCUAUUAGAUUAUUGGAAACAGCUACAAGCAGAUGAUAAAUCUGCAAGUAUAACAGGAAAUUUGCUAAAACCACAUCCUUCAUCACCGCCUCCUGAUAUGUCACCAUUCUUUUUAAGACAGUAUGUUAAAGGUCAUGCAAGUGAUGUAUUUGAAGCUUAUCCACAACUUCUAACUGAUAUGGUGUUAAGACUGCCUUAUCAAAUAAAAAAAAUAGUGAGUAGUCAUCCAUCUUCACCAUCAGUUGUAUUUAAUCAGGCUUGGUAUUCCUAUUUGUGUGAAUACAUGAUGAUGCAGCAAACACCUUUUGUUCGAAGGCAAGUUCGUAAACUAUUACUUUUCAUCUGUGGAUCUAAAGAUAAAUAUCGCCAAUUAAGAGAUUUUCAUGCACUGGAAUCACAUAUGAAGGAUGUAAAAAUAAUAUGUCAUCAAGGAGGUUUUGAUGGACAUGGCUGGAUGAAUAAUACAAUUAGUUUGCCUUAUGAUUCACUUAUUUCAAUGAUUGAACAUUUAAAGGCUUGUACAGAAAUAGCCACAUCCCGCACUUGUAACUGGCAGAAAUUCUGCCAAAAAGAUGAAAGUAUUCUUUCUUUUCUAAUCCAUGUUAGUUUUUUACUUGAUGAAGGAGUUUCACCAAUAAUUUUGCAACUUCUACAAUGUGCAUUAUGUGGUAUGAAAGCUUUUCCUCAGAAUCAAACAGCAGGGACAACAACUCCUCAAGCUACAAGUUCACCUGCUAAACAGAAAAAGGAGCGAGAGAAACAAGAUAUUGAAGAUGACAAUGACGAUAAUCCCAAAUAUGAUACAGCUCAGUGUGUUGUAUUGGCUCAACAAGUAAAUAAAUUUGUAGAUAAAAAAUUAAUGAGCCAAUUUAUAAGAUCAUUCCUAUUAGAAUCCAAUUCUACAUCAGUACGAUGGCAAGCACAUUCUCUUGUUUUUCAUCUUUAUAAAAAUUCAAAUACAAAUCAGCAGGAAAAUUUAUUGGAUUUGCUUUGGAAAUUAUGGCCACAGCUUCCUGCAUAUGGCCGUAAAGCAGUUCAGUUCGUCGAUUUGUUAGGUUAUUUUACUUUAAGAAUACCACAAAUUGAGAAAAAAGAAAAAGAGUAUAUUGAGAAGGCUUUAGAUGUCUUACAACAACAAAAUCAAUUGUUAAUGAAUCAUCCAAAUUCCAAUAUAUAUAAUUCUUUGCAAGGUCUUGUCGAAUUUGAUGGAUUUUAUUUAGAAAGUGAGCCAUGUCUAGUAUGUAAUAAUCCUGAAGUACCAUAUACAAAUAUUAAAUUAUCUGCUAUUAAAGUAGACUCUAGAUUUACAACAACAACUCAAAUUGUAAAAUUAAUUGGUAGUCAUACAAUUUCAAAAAUUACAUUGAGAAUUGGAGAUAUCAAAAGGAAUAAAAUGGUUCAUACAUUAAAUAUUUAUUACAAUAAUCGUUCUGUUCAAUCUGUUGUUGAGUUAAAAAAUAAGCCGUCUAUUUGGCACAAAGCAAAAAAGUGUACUCUUGCAGCAGGACAAACUGAAUUAAAAAUUGAAUUUCCAUUACCUAUUAUAGCAUGUAAUUUGAUGAUAGAAUAUGCAGAUUUCUAUGAAAAUAUUCAGGCGUCUUCUGAAACAUUACAAUGUCCACGAUGCAGUGCUUCUGUUCCAUCCAAUCCAGGUGUCUGUGGUAACUGUGGUGAAAAUGUAUUUCAGUGUCAUAAAUGUCGAGCAAUCAAUUAUGAUGAAAAAGAUCCUUUCUUAUGCAAUUCCUGUGGGUUCUGCAAAUAUGCAAAAUUUGAUUACACUCUUACAGCUAAACCUUGCUGUGCAGUUGAUCCUAUUGAAAACGAAGAUGACCGUAAGAAAGCAAUUACAACUAUUAAUAAUUUAUUAGAAAAAGCUGAUCACGUAUAUAAGCAAUUAAUUGCUAAUAAGCCAGCCUUGGAACUUUUGUUACUAAAAAUCUAUGAGCAUGGAUUAUUAGAUCGAGGAGCUGAUGAUGGUACUGGUGCAACAUCAGCUGGGCCAACUGUUGGAUCAUCAAGUGUUAAUAGAGCAAUUCAGCAAUUAGCUCAACGUUACUGUAGUGAUUGUAAAGCUUCAUUUGAUGAACUAAGCAAAAUUGUACAAAAGGUUUUGGCUUCUCAGAAAGAGUUGGUAGAUUACGAACGACGACAAAGAGAAGCUCGAGUUAAAGCAUCAACGCCUUCGCUUAAUUCAGAUAAUGUUAUACACAUGGGAGUAAAAUCUAUAACUGAUGAAAUUGGAGGAUCUAGUAAUUUGAGAGUUGCACCAGGAAAAUGCUAUGGAUGUGCUAGUGCUGCUGUAGAUCAUUGUAUUACUUUACUUCGUGCUUUGGCCACAAGUGUUCGUUACAGACAUAUUUUAUGUAACCAAGGUCUCAUUAAUGAAUUAGUUGCAUAUAAUUUACGUCAUGGAACAGUACAAGUUAGACAUGAAGUUAGACAGCUUUUAUGUUUAUUGACACGUGAUAAUCCACGAGCUACUGCAGAUUUAAAUAGUUUAUUGAUGGAAAAAAUAAUUACUGCUUUGAAAAGUCAUAUGACUAGUCCAGAUCUUGCAUCUGCUGUAAGACAUGAAGUUGCUCUUUUAGCUAGUAGUUUACAGAAAGAAGAUUCCUGUUGGGAACAAAGAUUGAGAUGUGUUAUGCAGUUGUUUUUAUUGGGAGUUAAUAGCAGAAGUCCAGUUGUUAUGGAGAGUAUUACAUUACCUUGUCUUAAAAUUCUGCAAAUGUUAAUUAGACCAGAACCACCUAUAAGUAAAAAGCAUAAAGAAAAAACUACUGAUUCACUUUCAACAGUUCAAGCAACUGGUAUGUCAGUAGGUGUGGAUUUAUCAAAAUGGCUUGCGGGUGAUUCUAAACAUUCUUAUCGAGCUUGGAAACAGCAUGCUCCAGCUAAAUUAGCAGAAAGCACUCCAAUUAGUAAAUUAAAGAAAGAAGAAGUUCGUACUCUUUACUUAAUGGAAAAAUUUGGAAAAAGAUGGCAGGAAAAGACAAAUCGUCGUGCCAUGCAGUUAAAACUUUUACAGUCAAACUGGCUUCGCAGUGUAAUGUUUAACCCUUCAUCUCAAGCAGCUAGGACUAUGGCUUGCUCUGUGAUAGAGGCUUUAUGUCAGGUUCCAAGUCGAAGAAGAAAGAUAUUAGAUAUGUUAACUGCUUAUUUGGAUGACUUAGGAACUGCAGGAGAAAGUGCAGCAGAAUAUUUAGCUCUUUUUCAAAGUCUAAUUCAUCCCACACCAUGGAAGCACUAUCUAGCACUUCGUGGCUUAUUACCUCAUUUGGGUAAUCUCAUUACACGAGAAAUAGAACAUUUAUCUCACUUGGAAGAAACAACAUUAAAUUCUGAUCUUUCUCAAGGAUAUGCAUUAAAGAUGUUGACUGAAUUAUUAGAAUCAUUUGUUGAAGUAGACAGUAUUAGACAACAUUCAAAAUCUCGUCUGGUUGGAUGUGUACUUAAUGGAUAUUUAUCAUUAAGGAAACUUGUGGUACAAAGAACAAAAUUGAUUGAUGAAACUCAAGAAAAACUACUAGAAUUAUUAGAAGAAAUGACAACAGGAACCGAAUCUGAAACAAAAGCGUUUAUGGCUGUGUGUGUUGAGACCGUGAAAAAAUAUGGAUUAGAUGAUCUUCGAACCCCAGUUUUUAUAUUUGAAAGAUUAUGUUCAGUGAUUUAUCCUGAAGAAAGUGAUUCAGGAGAAUUCUUCAUAACUCUAGAAAAAGAUCCUCAGCAAGAAGAUUUUCUACAAGGUCGAAUGUUAGGUAAUCCCUAUAGUUCAAAUGAGCCUGGUAUGGGCCCUGUAAUGAGAGACAUUAAAAAUAAAAUAUGUCAAGAUUGUGAAUUAGUUGCUCUGCUUGAAGAUGAUAAUGGAAUGGAAUUAUUAGUGAAUAAUAAAAUUAUAAGUCUUGACCUUCCUGUAAAGGAUGUAUAUAGAAAAGUUUGGUGUGCAGAAAAUAAUGAAUCUGAAGCAAUGAGAGUUGUAUACAGAAUGCGAGGUCUGUUAGGUGAUGCUACUGAAGAAUUUAUUGAAACACUAGACAAUAAAGACAAUGAAGAAGUAGAUAAUGAAGAAGUGUAUAAAUUAGCUAAUGAAAUGAGUCAUUGUGGUGGUUUGGAAGUAAUGUUGGAAAGACUAGCUGCUAUUAAUGAUCUCACGAGAGGACGUCCAUUACUUACUGUUCUACUGAAAUUAUUUGUAUUUUGUUUCAAAGUGAAAAGUAACCGUCAAAGAUUAAUAGAACCGCAAAUGGGGACAAUCAAAGUAAUGCUAAGUACAUUAAGACUAACUUUAACAUCAGAUAUUCCUGAGCUUGUACAAGGUUCUGCAAGUGGUCCCACACUCACUGAACAACUACUACAGAUUAUGGAAACAGUACUAGUUGAAGCUGCUAGUCAAUCACCUGAAAAAUAUGCAAAUUUCUGUAAAAGUGGGGACAAAGAUGAUGUUAACUUCUUAUUAAGAGCAGUUUCAUCACCACCUAUUAGAAAUAAUACUGUUUUAUUACAGUUAUUGAUGAGAGUUAUUCCAUUCUUAACACUAGGAAAUCAGGAAAAAAUGGAAACACUAAUAAAUCACUUUAAACCAUAUCUUAAUUUUAAUAAGUUUGAUUUUGAGCAUACACCAGAUGAUGACUUGCAGUUAGAAUGUUUUUGUGUGAUGACUGCUGGAAUUGAACGCAAUUUGAAUGGAAAUCAGCUGAAGGAUCUAAUUGUAAAAAGAGGAAUUUUACAAGAUGCCAUGGAAUACAUAACUCUCCAUGCACCAAUUAUUAAAGGGGCAUUGUUAUUAGCUUCUGAAGAUUGGAGAGAAUUUACAUCUAAACCAGCCUUAAAAUAUGUUCUUCGUUUUCUUACUGGGCUCAGUCACGGUCAUGCUACAACUCAGUUAGCUGUGAGUGCUACUUGCAUUCCUGUUAUACACAGGUUGGAACAAGUUUCUAGUGAUGAAUGUGUUGGUUCCUUAGCUGAAAACUUAAUGGAAGCUAUUAAAGAAAAUCCUAGUGUAGCUGAAAAGAUAGAAGAAGUUAGAAAACAGACAAGAGAUGAAAAGAAACGCCUUGCUAUGGCCAUGAGGGAGAAGCAAUUAGGAGCAUUGGGUAUGAGAACAAAUGAAAAAGGACAGGUUACAGCAAAAAGUUCAUUAUUAAAACAUGUUGAGGAAUUACAAGAAGAAACAGGUUUAGUUUGCAUUAUUUGCCGUGAAGGUUAUAAGUUUCAGCCGACAAAAGUAUUGGGUAUAUAUACUUAUACUAAGCGCUGUAAUGUUGAUGAUUAUGAAAUCAGACAAAGAAAGACUCCUGGCUAUUGUACUGUAACACAUUUCAAUAUUGUACAUGUUGAUUGUCAUAUGGCAGCUGUAAGGCAUGCUCGAGGAAGAGAUGAAUGGGAUAGUGCAGCUUUACAGAAUGCCAAUACACGUUGUAAUGGCUUGUUGCCUUUAUGGGGUCCACAAGUUCCAGAAUCUGCUUUUGCUAGUUGCUUAGCAAGACACAACACUUAUCUACAAGAAUGCACUGGCCAUAGAGACGUUGGAUACAUAUCAACUGUACAUGACUUGAAGUUACUUCUGCAUCGGUUUUCAACUGAGCGUUCAUUUAGUGAAGAUAGUGGAGGAGGUGGACCUCAAAGUAACAUGCACCUAAUUCCAUAUAUUAUUCAUAUGGCACUUUAUGUAAUAAACACAACACGUUGUGUUGCAAGAGAAGAGAAGAAUAUUUCUAACUUUCUAGAAACUCCAGUUGAUAAGUGGAUAGAGAAUUCUUUUGAGGCCGAAGGAUCAUUUUAUUGGAUGACUAUGUCGGUGGUAGUUCAGCCAGUUAGUAAAUGGCAACAACAACGCAUUGCAUUUUUGAAAAGAACUUUAAUUACGGCUCAUGCUAGACACGUUCUACCUCAAGGUGGAAAUUCUCUUGCCGAUACAACUCCUAAAGACUAUUCUGUCUAUAAAUCAUCAUUAGUCUUUUUCGGAUUAAUUGAUGCCUUAUAUAAUAUAUUUUUUAAGGUA